AUGUUCAUUUUCUUAACUUCAUUUCUAUGCCAACUUCUUACGCAGAAAAACCGCUCCAUUCGUUAUCUAUCGAGUGAAUUCAAGUCUCUCCCCAAGCCGCCCGCAGGAACAGGCGUCGUGUUUCACGGAAAACUGCAACAAGUAAAAUACGCCAUCAGUUUCCCGAGUUACCUGUUUAUAAUUUUUUCCGGGUUUAUGGGGGCCAUGUCAGGAAAUUUCUUUUUUAAAAAAUACAUUUUGAGGAGGAACCCCCCCAACCCCCUGAGGGACCCCAACGAUUUACCGCCGGAGAAGCACCCACACACCCCUGAGGAGGAUGAUUAA